UACCUGUGUCAACCAGGCGGAGCUCUUGUCUAGACGGAUCUGUUUGGCUGAAGCAUUUCUCACCGCAGAUACUAUAUUGAAUACAUUGCAGAACAUUUCUGAAGGAUUGGUGGUAUACCCCAAAGUGAUUGAGCGGCACAUUCGGCAAGAGCUGCCUUUCAUGGCCACAGAGAACAUUAUCGUGGCAAUGGUCAAAGCUGGAGGUAACCGGCAGGAUUGCCAUGAGAAAAUCAGAGUGCUUUCCCAGCAAGCAGCUGCUGUGGUUAAACAGGAAGGAGGUGAUAAUGACCUUAUAGAGCGCAUCCAGGCAGAUGCCUACUUCAGUCCCAUUCACUCCCAGUUGGAGCAUUUACUGGAUCCUUCUUCUUUUACUGGUCGUGCACCCCAGCAGGUACAAAGAUUCUUAGAAGAGGAGGUAUAUCCCCUGUUAAAACCAUAUGAAAGUGUGAUGAAGGUGAAAGCAGAAUUAUGUUUGUAGAAUUGGAAGAAAAUUAAAUGAAAAAUCACUGAUGAUUUGUUAACUUUAUUUUGGGGGCAUGCAAAUAGUAUUACUGUGGUGCCUAAAUUUUACCUCAAGAAUUGCUGCCUUUUCUUUUCACAGUGCUUUUCUUUUUCCAUGGUGUUUUCAUGUUGCUCAGGGCUACAAUGCAGAAACAAAGACCAUUGUUGUUGACUCCAUUCUUCAUAGUGACUCAAACCCACACAUAAACAGCUCAUACUUGCUUUCUACCUUUCAAGGCAUGCUUUCCAGCUGCCUCAAGUCUACAGAUGUUUCUCAACUUUUCAGCGAGGUUAUGAGAAUCGCAACAUAAAUUUAAUACACCCCACCUAUCAAAUAUUCUAGGUUAGCUUAGCCUACCCUAAAAGUUCUCAAAACACAUGUUCACCUACACUUGGGGGAAAAAAAUCAUGGACAGCAAAGUGUUGAUUGUCAUGUAAUUUAUUAAAUGCUGUACUGAAAAUGAAAAACAGUGGUUAUAUGGGUACAUGGUCCCACUAUCACAAAGUUGAUAAAUUGUAAGUUGAAUCACCCUAAGUCAGGGACUUCUUAUGAUUUGUUCUAUUGAUUGUGAGGUAGCUAGAAAUUCCUGGUCUUCUGAGGUGGAUUCAACUUAAAACUAUCAAAAUAAGUGGAUUCAGUGAUGUGGUGUGGUAAGAUACCUUUAUUUUUGGUUAUUUUUGGCUAGAUUAAUAAAAUUCAUAGCUAUAGUAAAUAA